UACAUAUUUUGUGUUCGUUAUUAACAUAACGAAGUUAUCCGCUCCAGCAGGUGGCGGUAAAUCCUCCUGUCUCCUCCAAAGGCCGCCCACUGAGCAUGCGCACAGACAGCGACCCGGAAGUGGAGCUGGUAAACAAACGAGUCCUCCGAGCAGCGACGCCUUCUCUCUGCCUCUGCGCCGCUCGAACCGCCGCUCUCAUGUCGAAGAUCGAGAUGCUGAGGCUGCUCAUCAACCAGCGGCUCACCGCGGCCGCCGAGGAGAUCUUCGGGGUGUUCGGGAGGACCAUCGCCGAGUACGAGGAGGAGAUCUCCCGCUCCAAGCUGGAGAUCGAUCGCCAGCGCCGGCUGCUGGACCUGAGCAGGAAGCCGCAGAUCUCCGUGCAGGUCAGCAGCGCAGCUCUGUCAGAGCAGGAGUGGAGCUCCAGUCUGGACCCGGAUGAAUCGAAGCCUCCUCACAUCAAAGAGGAGGAGGAGGAGGAGGAGGAGGAGGAGCUGUGGUCGGCUCAGCAGGAGGAGACACCGGAGCAGAACGACGUUGUGUUGUUCCAGAGCGGCGGCAGCAUAAGAAACGAGCACAACGACCACGUGACUCCCUCACUCUUAAAGUUCCAGAACCAGAACCUGGAGGACCUGGAGCUGGACCCCCAGCCAGGGACCUCGGUCCAGCAGUCCUGCUCCAAGCUCGAUGAGGAUGCCACCGAGGCUUCGGAUCUGGCUUCAGGUAACGGGCAGCUCGACUGUGUCGACCUCGAGGCUCCGCUGUCGGAGGUGGUGGACUCGUACAUCUGCACCAUCUGUGGCCGUGCGUUCGCUCAGCGCAGCCACUGGGCCAAACACGUCCAGGUGCACCGCAAAGUCGACACCAAGGUCGACAAGUCGUAUACGUGUGACAUUUGCGGGAAGAGACUGACGCGGUUCGACGGUUAUCAGAAACACCUGAGGAUCCACACAGGUGAGAAACCGUACUGCUGCGACGAGUGCGGCCGCAGGUUCAGCGACAACUCCAACUACAAGCGACACAUUCGCACACACACGGGACAGAAAACACAACAGAGCUGAGGCCAAGGACGAGGACAAAAUCUCUGUCACCAGAGGUGAUGAAAAGCACAGUCAGGACAUGUCCAUGCUGAUGUGGAUACAUGUUGUUUUUGUCUCCAUUUUUGCCAAAGUUUCACACUAAGUUUUCAAGAGUAGAAGAAAAUAUCAACACAUCAGAGUGGAUGGAAAAAAUAUCAAGCUCUCAGAAGAAAUCUGUCCGUUUCUGUCGCCUCAGAGUCACUGAGCCUUUGUCAGUAACAUGUUUCUGUUUUAAAUCGUCAGCAUUAACAGCCCAUUAGUUCCUGUUGGCUUCUUAUUUGGUUUGAUUUAGGGAUCUAUAAAACACUCCAAUCCAACAGAAGAUGUGAGUGAGAACUUGUCCCAAGACGCUCAGAGACAGAUUGAAUUCUGUUUCCUGUCUUGGUUUCACAAUCGUUCAGCAUCAAACUUUGUUCCUUUACUCACUAAGAGUUGUCUCCAGCUGUGGUUCUUCCACCAGUGUGUCUCAUCACUUUCCGAUCCGAUCGGUAUCUCUCUGAAGAAGUAUCUCUGCUCAGACGACGUGUUCUAACAUCUUGUGUUGUAAAUGCGACGAUGGCUGAAGCUGUUCUGGAUUUAAACAGUUUGGGAUUUUCUGGUUUUCAAACUAAAACCACACUAAUGGAUCAUAGAGAGUCAGAGGAAACAGAACAGACGAAGAGAAGGAUCCAGUCAUCUCACCAUUUUUGUGAAGAAGAGGAUUUAAAAGCAUUUUUCUUGCAUCAGCAUUUUGUUUGUGGACAGAUAAAUGGACGAGAAACUUUCGACAUUUAUCCACAUUAAUGUGGACAUGGACCAGGACAAGACAAGAAGAGGCACAUACUGUAUUUUUAUAUCUUAUAUAUUUUAUCAGAUGUUUAUACACUGGAGGAAACAGUGGUGUUGCAGUUUACAGACACAUCUGAGUCACACCGGAGCAGUUUGUUCAGGAAAGUCUGUGACCAGUAAAGAUCUUUUUAUUUUUUGUUAAUGAUAGCGAGGCGGCACAGAUAUCUGUAGCACAAAAAGUCUGGAGAUUGUGUUUGGGAUGUCAGGAACCUUCAAAUCUUCCCACUCAGUGUUUUUUAACAAAACUGUAUGACUUUUACUGAAGUAAUAAAGUCACAUGAUGAAGAAAAAAAUCUUGUUCCUGUCAU